AUGGCACAACAGUUGACACAAAUAAUGGCAUCACUCGUGACCACAGAUGUCGGCGAAGACGAAGAUAACAAACAACAGCUCAAGAUUUACGCGAAGAACUCAAUGGACAGAUUCGGUGAUGAUUUGUGUGAACUUCUGUUGUCUUAUCUCUCACUUGAAGACCGAUUUCGUUACGAAUGUGUGUCCAAACAGUUCCAGAGGACAGUCUUCGUCAGUGUUGUCGAUAUUAAUAUAUUUAAAGCACUCAAAAGGAUAAAAAGUACUGAAAUAUUGACAAAAAUGGCCAAAAGUUGUGCAAACAUUGAGAGCAUUGACUGUCGAGGAAUGUGGAUAUAUUAUGAAGACAUUCAAGCGAUACCUUCAAUAAGUGCACGCAUUCCCGAAGCGUUGGCCAUAUUUCGAGACAAUUGCCGUCAUUUGCGUGAAAUUCACUGCGAUUUUUUGCAAAAUUGCGAUCUUUUAAUUGAACGGUUCGGACCUCUGGUCACACGAAUCACUAACAUGUCAUCAGAUGGCAAACAAUCGCUCAAUUCUGAAUCGCAAACACACGAAACUGUGGCCCAAAUCACUUCACAAUUGUCACGAUUAACACAAUUACGGGAAUUGACACUCGGUUGGGAUCUAAUGAACGAGAACUCAUUGUCUGAGUCUUUGCGUACAAUUGUCACAUCUCAUUCGGAGUGUUUGGAUCACAUCUCAAGACUACCGGCGCUGAAGACAUUAGAACUUCUCGGUGUGAAUGGUAUUGAUCUCAGAGAUAGUGAUAUCGAAAACCUGUUUUCUAAAAACAUUAUUAUAGACAUGGGUUCGGGCGACGGCGCGGUCACCAAAGAGUUGGCCACUCGUGUACCGCACCGGCAGUUAGUGGCCAUUGACGUGAACCCGGCUAUGAUUGAGUACAGCCAACGAGUCAAUAGUCUGCCCACAAUUGAGUACGCGAUCCAAGACUUGUCGCUCACGUGGCCAGAGCUGGGCCCUGAUGUCCGGCUCCUGGAGGCCAAAGUGGACCUAAUAUUCUCCAACCAUUGCUUUCAUUACAUACGCGAUAAGACUAGAGUGUUGUCAAUAUGUCGGCGACUGUUGGCCACCGGCGGCACAAUUCACGCCUCUAUUCUCCUAUUGCCUGAUCUGAACCGUAAACUACCGGCCGAUCGCCGCAAAGGCUGGUGUCUGUCGGUUGACCAGCAGUUGGAUGUGUGGCGCCGGGCGGUGGCCGACAACGGACUGACCGCCGAUGUGUUUGAAGUGUUUGAAGAGGACUAUCGUUUCACUCGCACUCAAAUCAUUGGUCAAUAUUUCCAAACCUAA